GUGGUUGUUUGUUUGUUAGUGUGUGUGUGUGUUGCCAGCAUAUGAUUGUCAGAACAAAGGCGUGGCACGCCCGAAUCAAACGACGUUUACUCGUCUAAAAGGGGCGUGGCCUGACGUCCAUCCCUCGUAUAACAGGUGUCACUCUUGGUCUCCUCUAUAGUGCGGUGUCAAGCUCAUCCCCAAGCCCGCGCAGCUGAGGCUUCAACGUCACAGAAUAGGUCUUUACCUCAUUCUGAUCGCAGCUUCGGUGGUGAGAAGCGCUCGUCAAGGCUCCGACAGUACUUAGGAAGGUGACACAGGGUUCAUCUAUAUUUGUCGUUGUAAAAGACAGCUAACAAAGCACCAUGACAGCUCUACUGGAAAUCCUCGACAUCAACACAGGCCUUGCUGUAGGCGUUGCCGUGUUGUCGUUGUUGUGGUGGUUUUCCGUCAGACGACCUGCAGGUGCACCUCCAGGACCUUGGCUGGCUGUACCACUGCUGGGUCACCUGCUGCUGAUGAUGAAGAAAGAUCCUCGGGAGCAGUUCACAGUAUGGCGGCGACAGUACGGUGACGUGUUGAGUCUGUACCUGGGCAGCCAGCUGGUGGUGGUGCUCAACGGCUACAAGGUCAUCAAGCAAGCGCUGGUACAAAAUGCCGACGCCUUCUCCGACAGGCCUCAUAGUUAUGUUAAUGAAAUAAUAACCGACAGCAAAGGCGUUAUUGACACCUCUGGUGCUGUGUGGAAAGACCAAAGAAAAGUUUCUCUGGAUAUCCUACGUGAGCUAGGGAUGGGCAAAAACGUCCUGGCGGUAAAGGUCCAAGAAGAGAUCAAAGAGUACAUCAGGGUCAUAUCCGAGAGCCAAGGUCAGCCACUCGAUCUGAGACACUGGACCCAAGCCAGCGUGUCCAACAACAUCUGCUCCAUUGUCUUUGGCAAACGCUUCGAGUAUGACGACGAUGUCUUUAGAAAUUAUCUGCGGCUGGUGGAUGUCGUUGUUAACGACUGGGGAGCGGGUGCCGCACUCACUGUCAUGCCUUUCCUACGAUACCUGCCUGGAGAUUGCCUUAACUUGAAACGGGUUGUGGACAACAUGAAGAAUGUGCUGUAUGGGUUUGUCAAACCUUUUGUAGACGAGCACUACCGCAGGUCUGACGAGGGCACAGUGGACGACUUUAUUGGCGCCUACAUCAGAGAAAUACAUCAUCAUCGUAACAGUCAGUCAGGAUCACCUCACAUCAACAAUGUUAAUCUCCUUAAGACAACCUUCGACGUAUUUAUAGGCGGCUCGGAGGCGGUCCCUGCAACUAUCCUCUGGACUCUGGUUUACUUCCUUCACCACCCUGACGUGCAGGACAAGUGCUACGAGGAGAUCCACAGAGUUGUCGGUACAGAGCGAGCGCCCACCAUACAGGAUAGACCGCAGUUAGUUUACAUGGAGGCUGUCAUCAUGGAGGUUCUUCGCUGCGUCAACCCUGUGGCACUACCUUUGCCGCAUGCCACCAAAUGUGACGUAGAUUUUGGCGGAUACACGAUCCCUAAGGGCACUGUAGUCAUCGCAAACCUGUAUUCUGUGAUGAGAGAUCCAGAAAUCUUUGGUGACCCCGACAGAUUCCGACCUGAACGUUUCAUUGGAGAGGACGGCAAACUGUGGAGACCAGAAGAGUUCAUUCCCUUCUCUGUGGGUCGGCGCAAUUGCAUGGGUGAGGCGCUUGCCAGAAUGGAAUUAUUUCUAUAUCUGUCAACAAUGGUACAACACUUCCAAUUCCUGCCUCCCGAAACUGGAGAGCUUCCACCAUUGCAAGGUGUGCUGGGAGUAACCUAUCGUCCUGCGCCUUUCAAGGUUCGUGCUGUGCCUAGGAUGUGUUCCGCAAAAGAAACACUUGAAGAAAAAUAGUGAUGGAGCCGCCUUGACCGUCUCAGAGGGUACCAAAACACAACACAGUUUCCUUUUUAUUUAUACUGAAAGCUCUAUGCAUGGCUGCAACACAUUUAUUAACGAGGGACAGUCUCAGCUAUUUUUCUAUACUUUUUAUGUUACAUGUAGAGAACACAAGCUGUUGACCUAGAAAGACCGAUUCAAUGUGUUUUGGCCUUAGUCAAUUGCAACAACUUUAAACACUCUUCGUGUCUAGGUCACACUAAAAAUAUUAUUCAACAAUAAUGGGACCAUUUAUGGUUCGAUUCUAUUCUAUUCAAUACUAAUUUGCCAAAAUACGAGUAACUUCUACUUUUGUAAGCAGAUGCGUGCGAACAUUUUGUCACUUUGUUUCUUUAACUUUUCCUCAUAUACAUAACGUGUAGUUAGACGUUGAAACUGAUAUCAAUAUUUACUUGCAUUUGAUUCAAGAAUGACUAGAUUUUUUAACGUUUUCAUAGAUUCUUUUAAUGGUACUCCAUAUUUUAUUGACUCAAAUAUCAUCACAUAUAUUUAACAGUUAAAGGAAGGCGUCUUAAAUGUGGUCAAUUGAUAAAAAAAAAAUAUAUAUAAGAUUAAAAUGAAAUGAUAGACUUUAUUUUGUACAUUCAACAACAACAAAAAUCAGCAACCUAAUUUUUUGGUUGAAAGAGAGAAGAGCUAGUUAUUGACCUUGAAGGUUUGGAAGAUGUAUUACUCAAUAAGGAAAUGAUGCAUUCAGUAACCCUAAACUUUGAUGUGAACAUCCUCUGGUGCAAUGGUGGGCAGGAGCAGGCGGGCCAUCGGGCUGGCCUGUCGGUCAGAGAGUGAAUAGUAUCUAAAGCCAUGUUUGUAUAAUGGAUCGAUGAUGAAAGCAAUGAAACCGCUUGUUCUUUAUUCAGAAAUAAACUUGACUGUCGCUGAGA